CGGGGGAGUUGGCGGGGGGCAGCGGCUGCGGCGGCUGCAGCAGAGGGGCCGAGAGCUGGCGGCGGCGGCGGUCGUGAAGGGCAUCGGUAGCGGCGGUGAUGGCAGUGUCGAUCUGAAGAUGGAAAGAGCCAGGCGAAGGGGAGGCGGCGGCGGCCGCGGCCGCGGCGGCAAGAAUGUAGGGGGCUCUGGCCUAAGCAAGAGUAGACUCUAUCCCCAGGCCCAGCACUCCCACUACCCCCACUACGCGGCCUCAGCCACCCCUAAUCAGGCUGGGGGUGCAGCCGAAAUCCAGGAGCUGGCCUCCAAACGAGUGGACAUCCAGAAAAAGAGGUUUUACCUAGACGUGAAGCAAAGCUCCCGGGGCCGGUUCCUAAAGAUAGCUGAAGUCUGGAUAGGGAGAGGCCGGCAGGACAAUAUCAGAAAGAGUAAACUGACUCUGUCCCUGUCUGUGGCAGCGGAGCUGAAGGACUGUCUAGGGGACUUCAUCGAGCAUUACGCCCACCUGGGCCUGAAAGGCCACCGACAGGAGCAUGGCCACGGCAAAGAGCAAGCGUCCAGGAGGAGACAGAAGCACUCGGCACCCUCCCCACCAGUCUCUGUAGGGUCCGAAGAGCACCCUCAUAGUGUCCUCAAAACAGACUACAUAGAGAGGGACAAUAGGAAAUACUAUCUAGACCUAAAGGAAAAUCAGCGGGGUCGCUUCCUAAGAAUUAGACAAACCAUGAUGCGGGGGACUGGCAUGAUAGGUUAUUUUGGUCACAGUUUGGGCCAAGAACAGACUAUUGUGCUCCCAGCACAAGGAAUGAUCGAGUUUCGUGAUGCCUUGGUUCAGCUAAUUGAAGACUAUGGCGAAGGGGACAUAGAAGAACGAAGAGGUGGAGAUGAUGACCCACUUGAACUCCCAGAGGGGACUUCUUUCAGAGUGGACAAUAAAAGGUUCUACUUUGAUGUGGGCUCUAAUAAAUAUGGAAUUUUCCUGAAGGUAAGUGAGGUGAGGCCACCUUACCGUAAUACUAUUACUGUUCCAUUCAAAGCUUGGACAAGGUUUGGGGAGAAUUUUAUCAAGUAUGAAGAAGAGAUGAGGAAAAUUUGCAACAGCCAUAAAGAAAAGAGAAUGGAUGGCAGAAGGGCCAGUGGUGAAGAACAAGAAUGCCUCGACUAGAGUGAAUUUGAACUCCAUCAGGCAAAAUUUUAAAUCAUAAAAUUGGCUAAAAGUACUGAUCCAUAAUCAUUUGAAGAAGUUUUUCCUCUUUUUUGGCCCUUUGUUAUUAGUAAUACCUCUGGUAGUUUAUACUUCAAGGAGUCUGAUUCUCAUGUUAUACGUAGAACAUUAUAAUUCUUAUGGGAAUUCCGAUCUUCCCAGAGCUAAAUAGUUUAGCUGCUUCAACUGCUCCAGACCAUUGAAGUAUGCAAAUCAGCACAAAAUGUGACAUUCUGACCUUCUAAAUACCAUAACUAAGAUUUACGUUGCACUAUGACAUAAUCCUGAAAAAGAUACAUAUACUUAAUAUGGAAGUGUGAAUUUCUAUUUAACAAGUUCCCCAAAAAAGUAUUCCAUCCCUACUUCGUUAAAAGCUGCUAAGCUUACCUGUAGGGCAGUUACCACAGAAACAGAAAUUGACCUCAAGUAUAAUACAAAUAUAUUUAUUUAUAAAAGUACAUGUAGAAAUAUAUCAGUUGUUCAUUGGAUAACAGUAUUAAACCAUACCAUUAAAGAGUCAAAUCUUACAGCUACUACAGUAUUCUAUAAUUUCAAAUUUUGUGGUAACCCUGGAGUUUAUAGUUGCCAUAUCAAAGCCGUGGGAGAGUUUUAAUUGGUUGUUCUAAACUAGUUAUAACCCUAUCUUUACCUCUACUUACUGUACCAUAUAUUUUUAUUGACUUUCUGAAGUUUUAGGAAUUACUUUUAUGUCACUGUUGAGUGGGAGGCUUCAUCCUAUGGCUUUGCUAUGGAAAUCUUGGUGUUUUAGCCUUUCAUGCUAAUUUGAAGGUUGUGAGAGGUUUGUUUUUUUUUUUUUUUCCCCAAAAUAUAUCGUGGACUCAAGGUGUUCUAUUUUAUGCUUCUUCUUUAGCACUAUUUCAGAGGGGUUGGUGCACCAGUUCACUGAUACAAAAAUACAUCUGUAAUAAUACAUUUUAGUAGCACUUUUGCAAUUGCUACCCUUAAAACCGUGUCAACACUUCCAAUAUAAACCUGGCUUUUACAGGUAUUUUAAUUCCAGAAAAACAAACAAACAAACAAACAACUCUUUUUCUAAAAAGCAUUUAGAAUAUAAAUUUUCAGCCUGGGAAAAUAUUUUAGAUUGGUUAUAAACAUAUUUGAAAGGAAAAUUCAAGCAUUUUCCAAGGUGCUCUUUAUGAUACUUAAAAAGGUUUACUUUACACAAGACUCACCCAGUUACCUGUAUUAAAAAUUGCUUUCCAGGAAGUGCCACAGCAAUUUUUCAACACCUAAGCAAUUUUUAAACAAGUGGAUAUAUUGUAUAUGUGUACCAACCCACCCUGUAUUAACUGACUAGAAUUUUAUCUGUUGAGCUGCAUUUUAUUCUGAUUGAAACUAUUGUCUUUUAUCUUGGCUUUAUUCACCUCCCACACAUUAAGUCCAUAUAAUCAUGUUUAAGAGCCAGACACUGAUUUCAACCCCCAAAUAUAGCUCUCAUUUAUGAGAGCUGGCUGCAUGGAUUGAGAUCAGAAUGUAGCUCUCCUUUUAUAUACCAUAAGUAGUUCAAAAUAAUUUUAAUAAUUUUUUUCCUUCAGAAGUUUGUCCCCAAGUACAUUUAAGUAAGGUCACUAAGAAAACGUUAUGAGUUAAGAAAAUAAUAUUACUGGCCUCUCUUAUUUAAAAACAAGCAAUCAGUAACCCAGACAUAUAUGCUGGUAUUGGUUUUCAGAUUGUAUUUCACGUUUCCCCAAGUACUAUGAAGGAAUCUCAUUAGUUCAUCAUAAAUGUGGACCAUCUGGAUUACUAUGGAACAACCGAAGGUUGGAAGAUAGUUGGAAAUACUAGAGUUAAUAGCACAUGGUGGGUGUUGAGACUCUAAAAGUAGCAAGGAUCUUUAAACAGUCCUAACUGUAAAAUAACUAUUGUAGACUUGAUAAAAAGUAGCUUUUGGUAUAUGAAGGAGUGAUGUGCACUUGAAUUACUGUACUACUGAUUGUUAUUCCUGCCCAUCAUAGUGCCUAUUAAUAAUUAUCAACCUGUCAGAUUUUGGCAAACUGGAGCUGUGCAUGUUCCAGUAUUCGAGUGUUCCUAUCACUAUUGCUAUGACUGUAUACUCUCUCUUAAAAACCUUCCCUCGUAAAAUACUUAUAUCCAUUAAGUCUAAAUGAUUUCUUUCUUGGUUUUUAGUCUGAU